CUCUCUCUCUCUCUUUCUGCUUUCUCCUCUCUCUCCCUCUACUUCCAGUACUGGCCAGCUCUCCAACUGUAGGUGGAGCUGGCUUUCCUGGAAUUGUCGGGCAGCUUUUCCUGUUGUGCUUGCUACCUCUUGCUCAAUCUCUUGCUUAAUGACAGCUCUGCUGCAGGAUUACUGGCUUAUGAAGACUUGUGCCAUCUGGAUCCCCUGUUUGUACAGCAUGAUGGUGUUUAUGGCUUUUGCAUUUGUUGUCAUGAACAUACUUUCAUGAUUCGGGUCAGAAGUUUUCCCUCAACCGAAAUGUCUCGGCAGUGCAAAGUGGGGCGAAAUCCAUCGAUAGCUGAUCAGCUUCCCUGGAUUUCGCUGACAACACCACUUUCUUUUGCCUGAAGAUGGAAACACUGGAGUCGGAGCUGACUUGCCCAAUCUGUCUGGAGCUUUUCGAGGACCCACUGCUCUUGCCCUGCGCUCACAGCCUGUGUUUUAACUGCGCCCACCGCAUCCUGGUCUCCCACUGCACCCCCAGCGAGCCAAUCCAGUCUAUCAGUGCCUUCCAGUGCCCAACCUGUCGCUAUGUCAUCACCCUCAACCAGAGGGGCCUAGAGGGACUCAAACGCAACGUGACACUGCAGAACAUCAUCGACCGCUACCAGAAGGCUUCUCUAAGUGGACCUAACUCUCCCAACGAGACCCGCCGUGAGCGAGCUAUCCCCGACAGCAAAGCCAUGACGUCUCCCAGUGACCGAGUGCAAUGCCAGUUCUGUGAGCAGGACCCGCCACAGGAUGCCGUGAAGACCUGUGUCACCUGCGAGGUGUCCUACUGCGACGAGUGCCUGAAGGCAACCCACCCAAACAAGAAGCCUUUCACGGGCCACCGUCUAAUUGAGCCCCUGCCGGACUCCCACCUGAGAGGGCUUAUGUGUCUGGAGCAUGAGGAUGAGAAGGUCAACAUGUACUGUGUGACAGACGAACAGUUGAUCUGUGCCUUGUGUAAACUGGUUGGUCGUCACCGGGACCACCAAGUAGCAGCCCUCAGUGACCGAUAUGAGAAACUUAAGAAAUCUCCUGGCCGCUAUCUCAGUGAGUGGAGUGAUCAUUCAGACCAGGAGGCAGACCAGCAAGCCUUGGAUUCCAACCUCAGCAGCCUAAUCAAGAGGACCAGUGAGUUGGAAAGUCUGAUGGGCAAACUUAUCCAGACCUGCCAACAUGUAGAGUUAAAUGCAUCGAGACAAGAAAACAAGCUACUUGAAGAAUGCGACCUGCUGAUUGAUAUCAUACAGCAGAGAAGACAAAUCAUAGCUGCCAAAAUAAAGGAGGGAAAGGCUGUGAGGUUGAGGAAACUAGCCCAGCAGAUAGCCAGCUGCAAGCAGUGUAUCGAGAGGUCCUCCUCCCUCAUCACUCAGGCCGACCAAACCCUCAAGGAGACAGACCAUGCUCGCUUCCUGCAAACAGCCAAAAGCAUCUGUGAGAGGGUGUCCAUGGCAACAGCAUCAUCUCAAAUCCUGAUACCAGAAAUUAACCUGAAUGACACCUUUGAUACUUUUGCCUUGGACUUCACAAGGGAGAAGAAAAUGCUAGAAAGCCUGGAUUACCUCACAGCACCAAAUCCGCCUGUAAUCCGUGAGGAAUUAUGUACAGCUUCAUAUGACACCAUCACUGUUCACUGGACGUCGGAUGAUGAGUUCUGCGUUGUAUCAUAUGAACUUCAGUAUGCCAUCUUCACCAGCCAAGCUAAUGUUGUCAGUUUGUGCAAUUCUGCUGACAGCUGGAUGAUAGUGCCAAACAUCAAGCAGAAUCACUACACUGUGCAUGGGCUCCAGUGUGGCACCAAGUACGUUUUCAUAGUCAAGGCCAUAAACCAGGCGGGGAACCGCAGCAGCGAACCUGGGAAGCUGAAGACGAAUAGUCAGCCAUUCAAAUUGGACCCAAAGUCUGCUCACCGGAAACUGAAAGUGUCCCAUGACAACCUGACAGUGGAGAGGGAUGAGACCUCGUCCAAGAAGAGCCAUGCUCAGGACCGCUUCUCCAGCCAGAGCAGCUAUGGGGUCACAGGCAAUGUGUACAUUGACAGUGGCCGCCAUUACUGGGAGGCCCUAAUAGGGGGAAGCACAUGGUUUGCAGUGGGCAUUGCUUACAAGUCAGCACCCAAACAUGAGUGGGUAGGCAAGAACUCAGCCUCCUGGGUCCUGUCUCGCUGCAACAACUCUUGGGUGGCGCGUCACAACAGCAAGGAGAUGCCCAUCGAGCCCUCGCCCCACCUGCGGCGUGUGGGAAUCUUACUGGACUAUGACUCUGGGUCUCUGUCUUUCUAUGAUGCUGUUGGCUCUCAGCACCUGUACACCUUUGAUAUCGCCUUUGCUCAACCGGUCUGCCCUGUCUUCAAUGUGUGGAACAAGUGUUUAACAAUCCUCACUGGACUGCCCAUCCCAGAUCACUUAGAGGGAACAGACUGCCACAAUUAGCAGAACUUGUUCCACUGGAUAUUCAUUAUAUUCCCAUAACCAGACCAGGAUGACCACACCUACCUGAUUGUGUCCCUGACAUACUGUGGCAAGAUGCAAACGAUAUCCAAAUGACAAAAAUAAUGUUUCCCAGGCCUAUAUUCCUAUUCAAACUUUUGUUCAAGGUAACUGAUCUUAGAAUAAUUUAAAUAAUGAUUUACAAACACUUAUAGAUCUUUUUCUUGCUUUGCACAUCAUUGUACUGUACGUUAUUCUGCUGGUUGGUUUUGAGGGUUUGCUUACAAGAAAUCAUGGGUAAAAUUCUGAAAUUCUUGGAGUUAUUUUUAUGCAGGCUUAAGACUUGUACUCUGAAAAUCAUGUUUCACAUAUUUUCAUGCUUGUGUUGUUAAGAGUGGUGAUAGACAUUUAAGUGCAAAUGUUAAUACUGCCAUCCAUGACAGGAGUGGACUCCAGCAUAAGUGGACUAACCAUCUACCCUGUUCUUUCUUGAAGGCUCUGUGAUACUAUAUAUAUAUAUAUAUAUAUAUAUAUAUAUAUAUAUAUAUUUAAAAAUAUAUUUAUAAACUAUUUUCAAAUGUUCUUGAAAGGUAUUUUUUUAAGUAAGAGCACUUUGAACACACAAAGCCUGUCACUAUAAAACUCUCAGUGCACAUACCAUAUUGCCAAUGUCUCCAUGUCAUCGUUUUCUAAGCAAAAAAACAACAACAACACAAUUGUGUAAAGAAAUAGUUUAGAUAACAAUCAAUUCCUCUUAGAAAUGUAAAUUUGAAAUCAAUGUUCAAUAAAGUUUCUAAUAUUUAUUAUGUGAAAAUGCAAUAGAGCAGGUUUCCUUUGUAAAUAGACAACAGAUCAGCAUUAAUAAGACCACUGUUUCCCUCAUGGUGGCCUCACACAAAUUUCAAAAAUAGAAAGAACAACUUCAAGAUCAAGUCUGCACUGCAUUACCAUUUUCACAUGUACGUUUCUCUGUCAGCAAUGAAUAAAAGUGGCUUCAUU